UGAAGCUGGCUGCGCGCGACUGCUGCACGAGAGUCCGGAGCGUCAACACGGACGAGCGCUCGAGUAACUUUCAUCACUUCUGCAAAUCAAUUCUGAGCAAACAGUUUUGUAACUAUUUCUAUAGUAUUUGUUUAUUUUUUAAAAGCAUAUAGCGUUAGAAAAAAGCAGUAGUCUUUUUUUUUUGAGGCUCUAAAAGACGAAAAUAAUUCCAAGAAGAAGAAGAAGAAUCAAGAUAACUACGUGAUUUAUAUGAGAAGCAACGAGUGUCAACAGUAAUGUAAACAAAAAACUACUGAAGAUGCAUGAAGAGAAAGAAACUUUUCACCGCUCAACGGGAGAGUUAUAAGUUUGAGGAUUAAAACAUGUAUUACUGAACCGACACACUGGUACCAAGUAACCGUUUGCAGGGUAAUUUUUAGUCACCUGGCACCUGGCUGCAGAACAAAUGUCUGAGGAGGAGCACAGUCACAAUCCACCCAAACCUCCAGAUGGAGCACAACUGGACAGUCAGCCGCUGGAAGCCUCCACCACCCCAUGCCCAGAAGAGGACGAAUCCAGUGAGCAAAUAACAAAGACCAGCGCACUUAUGGAGAAGACAGAAGAAUUGGAAAAUGGCAACAACAACAACAGUUUAUCCCAGCCAGACCUCACCAGUCCUCAUGGCAAGAGCAUAACAUAUCAACCUCAAGCACGGUCUACGCCCAUACACCCCACGCUAGCUAGCUCAUACGGAUCAGCGUCGCUGCUGAGGAACGUUAGCAAGCCUCAUAGCAACGGGGUUAGAAACGGAACCUUUUCGCGAGCUGCAUCCUCAUCUUCAUCUUCGUCCUCAGCUCAGAAAAACCCAAAGAAGCUGCAGUCCAACCCAUCCAUCAACAGCCAGAGUAGCAAGAGGAGCAAAGGCAGCUCCAAAUCCAACAGCUCGCAGAUCCCCACAGAUGCCCAAAACGAUUGCUGUGUCCAUUGCAUCCUGGCCUGCCUGUUCUGCGAGUUUCUCACGCUUUGUAACAUUAUGCUGGACUGCGCAACAUGUGGCUCCUGCGCAUCGGACGACUCAUGCUUCUGUUGCUGCUGCGCAUCCGAAGAAUGCGGCGACUGCGACCUUCCCUGCGACAUGGACUGCGGCAUCAUUGACGCAUGCUGCGAGUCUGCAGACUGUCUUGAGAUCUGCAUGGAAUGCUGUGGGCUGUGCUUUUCGUCCUGAGACUCCUGUAGGAGGCGCUGCCUCUUUCGUCGAUUCAGAAACAAGGGAAGAAUGGGAAUCUGGAAUGAGCACAAAAUGAAUCAGAUGAGCAGACAUUGGGCUUGCACGUUAAAGAGCACGGUCGUUCUCAUUACAUUCCAGUUGCUUUCUUCUAGACUGACUAUUUAACGGCAAGCUUAGUUGUUCACUAAUGGUGUCCUACAGGAAAUCUUUUUGUACAUAUGAAGAUGGGCUGAUCCAGCAACCUUGGUCUUUUCUGAACUUGAAUGCAUUUUAAAAUGUGUGUUGAGUCUGGCUUGGCAAGAUGAUGAAUGCAAAAUCCACAAAACUUUUGAGAUCAUCCUGGUCCAGACACUAGAUACGAGUGCUUGAGCGUAAAUGUCAAUGUUUAUUUUAUAUUGCGUAUAUAUUGCCAGGUUUUAUCACUUGGAUAAGAAUCCACACUAAAAGUGCUUGGGUUACGGUCCUGAUGUGUUGCACAAAACAUUUCCAUCUUUAAAAUUCAUUUCAACAACUGAAAUAUUUUUAUUCAUCACUCUUCCUACUGAAACUGCACCCAUUAUCUUAAUCAUUAAUUCCAAAUAUACGCUCUCAAUAUGCACACUUUCAGUAGUACACUGGUGUAGUCCUUCAGCCACCGGCCACAGUGCUGAGGAUUACAGAAGCCAUAAACUGUGAGUGUGGGACUCGAGUGGGAGAAAGAUGUGUGUAUUUAAUAUAUGGUGCCUUAUUACAGCUGUAUAAUAGAUUGUACUUGUGCGUGAGGUCAGGUGACAGGUCUGUCAUUUUACCCAUAUUUUUAUUGUCUUUCUUUCUAAAUUUAAGUGUGCCUUAUGACAAAUGUUGCUUUCGUAUUGCCAUUUUGUAAGCAUUUACAUACGAAUACAAAAAGCAGUGCAAAAACAGAAUUAGUGCAAUAUAAUAUACUUAAAUUAGAAACUGAUGUUAAGGACUAUAAAAGCUGACACUUUUUCUCUCUUCAACACUCUUUCCAUCAUUUUCACCUCAUCACUCUUUAGCGUUUUAUUAAUUUCCAUUCUGAAAUAUUAUACUGUAAGCCGUUGUGAAUUGCUCCUGUAUUCUUAUUCAAUGUGAAAUGAUUUUCUUGUAAAUCCCUAACUUUACAUUUACAUGAAUCUUGUUUGACUCUAAAUGUUAGUUUACGUAUCUACCUAUUAUUCAUGUAGUAAAUUACAUUAUUGUUACAUUUUCUUCUCCCAAGUGGUCUAUUACAGCAUAUUAUAAAGCACACUGCAUUUUUGUGAGAAUCAAAAUACCUUGAAAGUACUUCCCACAUUAUAUAUUCAUCUCACAGGAAGAUCAAAUGGUGAAAACGGUGUAUUGUUUCAAAUUGUUUACAGGCGUUUCCUUAUUCUCGCUUGCCUUAAAACUGGAGUAAAAACGUUUUCUUAACUGGACAAAAGUAAAGUGCUAAACACCAAUCCCAUGCUAAUGCAAUAAAAAGAAAUCAAUCACUGUUA